CUAUGUUUGGUGGAACAUGAGAGUGAGUUCGAGUAUGACGCGGUCAACACCGACACAAAGGAUUAUGGGAUAUUUCAGAUAAACAAAGGGUAUUGGUGCAAGGGGGGUCCGAAAUAUUCAGCAUGCUGGCAGAUAAAUACUUACGGCUGCGGUGUAACUGCCGCCGACUGCCCCAUAGGUAAGGGUUAAGAUCGUCGAUCCUAUAAUAUUCUAUAAUACAAAAUUUAGUGUUAAUUUAGCUCAUCAAGACACCCCUGAAUCAAUACUUGUCCAAUAGCCAUUGUCUUUGGAGGGCUAAGAAUUAGCAGUCGCUUCAGUGAUCAGCGUCUGUGCGACUGGUUCCGAGUUCGAUUGCCAUGUGUGACCUCAGAUCCUUGCUUCGAGUUUCAAUUGGGUUGAGUGUUUAUUGAAAGGCAUGAAAACCUUUCCUCUACAUCAGUUCAUUCUUCUAAAAAUCAAAAUGAUUAUUUGGGGGGUGAAGGGGGGGGGGGGAUUACGUACUCCUUGAUCAAUCGGAGAGCGCAAUUAAAACUUGUCUAAUCAUUUUCUGUCCUAAACUUGCAGUCUUCACCGACUCCAAUAUCGCCAACGAUGCAGAAUGUGCCGUCAAAAUCAAGAAGUGCAAU